AUGGGAGUUGAAGUCGAAUCUCUUAGCCCAGGCGAUGGCAAGACAUACCCAAAGAAAGGUGACACAGUUAUUGUUCACUACACAGGUACAUUGACGAAUGGGAAGAAGUUUGACUCUUCAAAAGAUCGAGGCAAGCCCUUCGAGACAAAGAUAGGCGUUGGUAAAGUCAUUAGAGGUUGGGAUGAAGGCUUCACUCAGCUGUGCAAGGGUGAGAAGGCCAAGUUGACCAUCACUCCUGACUACGGCUAUGGAAAAGAAGGAGCUGGCGGAAUUGUCUACAGCAGAUUUGUAUUUUUCUUAACUGGUUCCACUAUCCCUCCCAAUGCCACGUUAAUCUUCGAGGUGGAGCUGUUGGACAUCAAGAGAGCUUGA